AUGGACACUUCAACCACCACUAUCAGAUGGGCAAUAUCUGAGCUCAUCAAGCAUUCACAUGUGAUGAAGAAAAUGCAAGAUGAAUUAGAAAAAGUGGUAGGUUUGGAUAGGAAAGUGGAAAAAUCCGACUUGGAUCACUUAGAAUAUUUGGACAUGGUCGUUAAGGAAAUUCUCAGGCUACAUCCACCAGCUCCAUUAUUAGUUCCACAUGAGUCUCUUGAAGAUUGCAUUGUUGAUGGCUUCUAUAUUCCUAAGAAAUCACGUAUAAUAGUGAACAGAUGGACAAUUGGAAGAGACCCAAACUUUUGGAUUGACCCAGAAAAGUUCUUUCCCAAAAGUUUUAUUGGUAGUCAAGUGGAUGUGAAAGGGAGAGAUUUUCAAUUGUAUCUAUCACACCCCGCCCCAGACUACCUUCUGAGCCUGAGAAAGGACGUGACUAUAGCAGUUAUCAACCUUUUUGUUGACACUACUGCCUAA